AUCAAAUCGGAGAAGUGAAAAGGGGAAAAAAGAAUCAGAGAGUAUUGUUGAGGUUUGGGGAUCGAGAAAAAUGGAGGUUCCAGGUUCAUCGAAGAAGAUGAUCGCAACGCAGGAAGAGAUGUCUGCAGCUAAAAUACCACUCGGUUCGAGAGAUCAGUGCGCUCAUCUCUUGAUUCCUCUCAACAAGUGUCGUCAGGCUGAGUUCUUCCUCCCGUGGAAAUGCGAAGACGAGCGUCACGUUUACGAGAAGUGCGAGUACGAGCUUGUCAUGGAGAGAAUGCUCGCGAUGAAGAAGAUCCGUGAGGAAGAAGCUUUGGCUAAACAGAAUAAAGUACAAGGGAACGGUGUUCCUCUUAUCCCUAAAACUGCUAAUGCUUAGCCCUCGAUUCGAUUCCUUCUCCGAUUUGCCGAUUUCAGGGAUUCUCUGGAACUGUGAAGAAGUUGGGGCUCUGCUUUUUCAAUCUUUUUUUUUUUUCUUCUUGUUAGUGAUGAAAAAUUGUUUGCUACAUUUUCAGAUGUGAAUGUUCAAGAUUCUCUCCAUCUUUUUUUUUUGUUUUUUCUCUUGUUA